UAGCGCCAGGCCGGGUUUUGAAAGGCAGGCAGGCGUUUAUUUGGUAGUCACAAAAUGUCUGUCUAUCAUGGCAAACGUUAAAAUAACUAUGAAAAGAGAAAAAUAGAAUAGUGUGAAAAAUGGGUGUGGAUAUUGAGACAUACAGGGGCCGUAUUGGCUGCUUUAAAGGCUCAAUAGGAUGUGAUGUUGUGACGAUCCCAUGCAAUGUGAACUUUAGUUCCGGGAUGAAAACUAUCGGUGCCGUUGUUUUCAUUGGAUUGCUGUUAAUAAUAGGAGGAAUUGAACCAAACCCUGGCCCACCGCAUAAGGAGGUAACGUACCAAAGGUUACUGAAGGAGAAGAUUCAAGAAAACACUGAGUGCACUUAUAUGAUAUCGAUCGCUGUUGCAAUAUCAGUGUUGUUGCUGUAUAUGCUUGACUAUCACGUGUUUGUUUUUCUCUGUCUGCUCUCUUUGGCAUCUGUUGUCUUCUUGAAAAGAAACUGCUCGCCAAAGAAAGAUGAUAAGGAGAAGGGUACAUCAAAUUUGAACAAAAAUAGCGAAACCGCGACGAGCACGGUUUCUUCCUCGACGGUUGUUGCUGCAACGACGACAACUGCGAGAGUAUCUACAGAUGAUGGGCAUUCGAUAGCUUCUACAGAAGGAACAUCUCAUGCAAAAAAAGAAGACGAGGACGCGAAAAACACGAUUAUUUCAAGGACAGCAAUUGCUACACCGACACCCGUAAGCGUACCGGCAGCAGAUGUGCCUACUAAAGAAGGUACAUCAAAUUUGAACAAAGAUGACCAAGCCGCGACGGACACGGUUACUUCUUUGACGUCUAUUGCUACAACGACAAUAGCGAGAGUACCUUCAGAUGAUGGACAUUCGAUAGCUUCUACAGAAGAAGACGAGGACGCAAAAAACAAGAUUAUUUCAAGGACGGCAAUUGCUACACCGACACCCAUAGGAGUACCGGCAGCAGAUAGGCCUACUAAAGAAGGUACAUCAAAUUUGAACAAAAAUAGCGAAAACGCGACGAGCACGGUUUCUUCCUCGACGGCUGUUGCUGCAACGACGACAACUGCGAGAGUAUCUACAGAUGAUGGGCAUUCGAUAGCUUCUACAGAAGGAACAUCUCAUGCAAAAAAAGAAGACGAGGACGCGAAAAACACGAUUAUUUCAAGGACGGCAAUUGCUACACCGACACCCGUAAGCGUACCGGCAGCAGAUGUGCCUACUAAAGAAGGUACAUCAAAUUUGAACAAAAAUGGCGAAAACGCGACGAGCACGGUUUCUUCCUCGACGGUUGUUGCUGCAACGACGACAACUGCGAGAGUAUCUACAGAUGAUGGGCAUUCGAUAGCUUCUACAGAAGGAACAUCUCAUGCAAAACAAGAAGACGAGGACGCGAAAAACACGAUUAUUUCAAGGACGGCAAUUGCUACACCGACACCCGAAAGCGUACCGGCAGCAGAUGUGCCUACUAAAGAAGGUACAUCAAAUUUGAACAAAAAUAGCGAAACCGCGACGAGCACGGUUUCUUCCUCGACGGUUGUUGCUGCAACGACGACAACUGCGAGAGUAUCUACAGAUGAUGGGCAUUCGAUAGCUUCUACAGAAGGAACAUCUCAUGCAAAAAAAGAAGACGAGGACGCGAAAAACACGAUUAUUUCAAGGACAGCAAUUGCUACACCGACACCCGUAAGCGUACCGGCAGCAGAUGUGCCUACUAAAGAAGGUACAUCAAAUUUGAACAAAGAUGACCAAGCCGCGACGGACACGGUUACUUCUUUGUCGUCUAUUGCUACAACGACAAUAGCGAGAGUACCUUCAGAUGAUGGACAUUCGAUAGCUUCUACAGAAGAAGACGAGGACGCAAAAAACAAGAUUAUUUCAAGGACGGCAAUUGCUACACCGACACCCAUAGGAGUACCGGCAGCAGAUAGGCCUACUAAAGAAGGUACAUCAAAUUUGAACAAAAAUAGCGAAAACGCGACGAGCACGGUUUCUUCCUCGACGGCUGUUGCUGCAACGACGACAACUGCGAGAGUAUCUACAGAUGAUGGGCAUUCGAUAGCUUCUACAGAAGGAACAUCUCAUGCAAAAAAAGAAGACGAGGACGCGAAAAACACGAUUAUUUCAAGGACGGCAAUUGCUACACCGACACCCGUAAGCGUACCGGCAGCAGAUGUGCCUACUAAAGAAGGUACAUCAAAUUUGAACAAAAAUAGCGAAACCGCGACGAGCACGGUUUCUUCCUCGACGGUUGUUGCUGCAACGACGACAACUGCGAGAGUAUCUACAGAUGAUGGGCAUUCGAUAGCUUCUACAGAAGGCAGUGAUGUUGACGAUCCAUUGGUUUUCAUUCUUUGUCGUCUUAAAAUUUUGGACAAAUUUCCUGAGAAGAUUUCAACGCUUGAAGUCGUACGUGUUGAAUUUUCAAGCUCAACAAACGAUUCUGAAAGUGAUCUGGUUCAUGCGCCGUAUACUCUGUUAAGAAAUAUUAUUUCUGUUAAUUGUGAUGCUCGGGAUUCUUUUCCAAAUGUAAGUCAAAAUGAAAAAGAUCUUAACAACAGAUGUAAGGACUUAGACACAAGUUAUGAUGAUAGUGAUAUGAGUUCAGACGACGAAGAAUUGUCUCAUGCACGUACUGUACUUAGUCCCUUAGACAUAUUUCACGCCGUUUUGUCUUGUUGCGAUCCAAUGUUGAAACAGAUACUUUACCGAAAAUUAUAUCUCUGUAAAAUUGCUUUACCAUUCAUAACAAAUUUAACGAAAAGCAAAGAAUAUCGAUUAGAGAUCUGGCCUCUACGUACUCUUGAUAUCUUUGACUCAAAAACUAAACGGGACGAAAAUGUACUGACCAUUAAAUCGCAUUUUUUGACAUUUGCACGAUUAGGCAGACCACAAUUUUCGAAAUCGAGACUAUUGAAUUGCCUUAUAUCAGGCACAAGCAAUGCAUUCUCUACGUUUUACAACAAAGAAUCACCCUCAGGAAAUGCACAACGAAGGUUAACUAAAGGUUUGGUUGAGGCAUUCUGGCUACAAACGACUGUAAAAACAAGCGUUUCUCCCAACACUGUUGCUUUUUUCAAUGUACGCGGAGAAAUAGAGGAGUUUGAUCACAAAGCACUUAGUUUAAUACAAACAUUAAACGAUUGCCUAAUAUUGAUUCCAGAUCCGAAUGUUUUUGAAACGAAACUACUUGAAAUGGAAAGCUACCUGCUUGGUUUUAAACAUAUUGUGUUUAUUUUCCCGGAAAGGCAAAACUCGAGUACAAAAAAAACUUUUCGGAAAUUCAAGACAACUGCAUCUGCAGCUAACACUGAUGUGUUUGCAGUGAAUUCGCAAGGAGGGUCGAACUUUUUUGAUAUUGUGUCUUCCUUAUCGAAGCGUCUGUUCUCUGUUCUUGAAUCAUGCACAACAAACACAUUGGAAAGUAAACUAAAAGUUGCAAAAAUCAUUCCAUCGGACGAAGACAAUGCACUUAAUGUAAACGGAAAAUCUCUUGCUGAAAAUGUGAUCAAGUGCAUUCAUUCUGAUAUGGAAACAUUGCGACAGGUCCAAGGUAAAGGUGUGACGAUUAAAACUUGCAUUACUCCGGUAUCUUCUAUAGAAACAAAAAAACUGGCUGACUGUCUAAAAGAUAUCCAAAGAGAACAAUCUAAAGCUAAACAGAACGAGCUCAACGAAAAAAAGAAAGUACUAAUGGACAAUAGAGUCAAUCUAAUUACGCAGUCAGUUAAGUGUUUUCUACAAAAUCUGCAAAAGACAUCUUCCAAUAAACUUUUGAGAAAGUUUUUUAUCGGCUGGGUUCAGAUAGAAUUAAAUAAGAUGACUUCUGAUAUCAUUCAAACCCUUAAAGAAAUAAAAUUGAAAGAGCAAGGCAAAUAUCUUGACAUGAAAAAAUCAGCUCAAGUUGACAAUGAUACACUGAAACAACAACAACAAAUAAUGGUACAAUCGAUUGAAGAUUUAGAAAAUAGUAGGUUUGGUGUUGAAUACAUCUUUAGGGAAAUAAGUCACGUAUAUGAUACAGUAAUUGAGCUCAAAAGGUCGAAAUUGCCGAAAGAUCUACCACCAGUUGCUGAUGUCGCGCGUAUAUUUGCAGAAUUUAUUAUAGAAGGAGAAGCAUUUGAAAUAAUAGAUGGUGAUAGUAUGUUCAUGGCAAAAAACUGGCUGAAAACUAUAACUAAUGUUGCGGAUACAACGUUAAAGUGCUCGCCAGUUGCUUCACUCUCCGUUCUUGGAUUGCAAAGUUCCGGGAAGUCCACUUUAUUGAAUACUAUGUUUGGCGUUCAGUUCUCCGUAAAUUCAGGUAGAUGCACAAAGGGAGUAAACGCGCUUGUCCUGCCUAUUGAGAGAAAUGAGAAAGAUGUUCCUCCAUUUGAAUAUGUAAUGAUUGUAGACUCGGAAGGCCUCCGAGCACCAGAACUUGAGAACAUUGGAGCUAAAUCAGAUAGAGACAAUGCUUUAGCAACAUUCGUUACUGGUAUGGGAGAUCUAACACUAAUGAACAUCAUGGGUGAAAACUUCACAGAUAUGCGAGAUAUACUGCAAAUAAUAGUUCACGCAUUGCUUCGAUUGAAAUUAGCAAACAGUCGAAUUCGAAUAGGACAAGCUUGUGGUUUUGUACAUCAUAAUGUGACGGACAAAUCUGCGCGAGAUAAUAUGAGAGAAGGUUUUCUAAAACUUGUUCAUAUUCUGGAUUCGGUUGCAAAGGAAGCAGCAAAUGCGGAAGGAAUAUCAGACGUUUCAAGAUUCAACGAAGUUAUAAAAUUCAACACAGAUGAUAACGUCUUUCACAUUCCAAAUUUAUGGCAAGGUAUCAUUCCUAUGAAUAGAAUUAAUACAGAUUAUAGCGACGCUGUGAUUUCCAUGAGAACUAGCAUAUUGCAAAUAAUAGCAGGUGUUAAAGGCAAAGCAUUUGGCAGACUUAAUGACUUUAUUGUGAACGCCGAAGACCUGUGGAAAGGAAUACUGGUUGAAAAUUUUGUGUUUUCGUUUAGAAAUAGUUUGGAAAUUAAGGCAUAUUGUACACUUGAAGAGCAAAUUCAUAAAAUAGUUUGGGAUAGUGAAUUAAAGGUAAAAGAAUAUAUAAUGAAUAGUAUACAAAAGAGUUUCGCCACUUGCAAUCAACGUCAGUCACUGAAACAUGCCAAAGAGAAUAUUUUAGUAGAUUUUAAGUUGUAUUUUGAUACAAAGAAAGAAGAUGUUACACAAAAGGUGUAUUUGAUAUUUGAAAAGCAUGAAUAUGCACACAUUGUUAUUCAAUGGAAAUCAACAUCACUCAUCAAUACUAAUCACCGUUUUGACAUGCUUGAAAGAGCAAUGAAAGCGGCAAUAGAAAACUCAUACCAGCGCCGUGUUAUUUUUAUCGAAACAUCAACUCUUUCGAAGGAAAAGAAAGACAAACUCCAUGAAGAGUCCCUAGUUCUUGCAAAGAGUUUACAAGACAAAGAAGAAGUAGAUGAAAACACCAUCAUAACGCGCUUCAAACAACUCUGGCAAACCUUUAUGGAAACAUUUGAAAGUGAGAAUCCUCCAACACCAAGCACAAGUUUAGAGUCAAUUUUUUUAGAAUAUAUGUUUGAAUUGCAUCAUACACAUAGACCGCUUCUUCAAAAUUCACUUGACCGAAUGGAAAAAAAGAAGAAGUCAUGUCAACAUUUGGCUUACAAUCAAUGUGGUAUUACGCAUGAAGAUGUAAGCUUAAAAAUAAGGUUCAAAUUUUGGGAGCAAGCAACGAUUGAGGAAACAAUGCCGAUAGUCAAGGAUAAAGUAAACGAUUUUUUGGAGAAUGCUGAUGAUGCGGUCUCUCGAUUAAUGCAAUGUUUGGACGAAAUAACAAUCAGCAAAGCUAAAGAAUAUGUAUUUGCUAUGUGGGACGAUCUAAAAGGUUUAAAUAAAUGUAAAGAUAUGAAAUUUACAUUCAAGAAGACAGCUUUGAUUAAAAUCCACGUGUAUGUUUGUGGUUACGCUUACCCAUUGUUUCAGGAUCAUAAUGAAAAAUUUGAAAAAGAACAUGGUACGGUUGCCAAACUCAAUAAAUUCCAAAAGGACAUGUAUAUUUCAUUUUAUGAUAAUGUUAAAAAUAGAAGGUCGGAAGAAACUGCAGCUAAAAUGUUUUGUUCUGGUCUUCAGAGUUCAGUAAACACAAUUAUUCAGACUAAAUUAUACUCUAAAGUACAAGGCGUAUUAGGACAAUAUCUGCCAAAUCUCAAGCAUGUUCUUCUUAGAGAAAUAUGUAUCAGUCUCGCUGAAAACGAUGAAUUUAAAAUAUUCCAGAAAUAUUUGCGUGAUCCAGAGGGGUAUGCUUCUCUCUGGUAUAAGGAAAAAGGAGAUAAUAUCCUGUUUUCUAAGGGCAAAUAUUUCAGCAUUGCUCAUAAUCUGAUAUCCCAAAUGACUGAAGACGUUGAAAUUGCACUGCGCAAACUAAGACUGAGGUAUAUGCAUGAGGCAAAAGUAGAUGGUUCAAGCAUAUUUGAUUAUAUUUGCGAUAAUCUGCAAAAUUACAAGCUCGAAAUUACUGAUUUCGACUCAUUUAGAGAUAAAAAAGUUGUUAUAGAAGAUAUUGACUAUUUCGCUGGUAUAUUACUGGGUGAAAAUGGAUACUUGAAGUCGCACAUUAAUGCGGUUAGUAGCAGCUUUUGCGCGGUAACAGAGAAAACUGUGAAAUGGGUUGUCGAUCCUUAUAACCUUUUUGAGGCAAUUUGGGGUUGCAAAAGCAAGUGCCCGUUUUGCAGAGAGCCAUGUGCAAUCGGUACAGCAAAUCAUGAAGAUACAAACCACUAUUGCUUUCAGCACAGAAUACCCUGCUGUACGGGAGUACAUAAGAAAGACAGUAAGAAGGCAUCUAUCAGCGUAUGUAAUUUUAAUAUACAGUCUCAUAAAACAUUCUCAUGUUCGUUUAUUGGCGGUGACUGUACCAAAAAAGAAAACGGAGAUUGUGAAGAGCACUCAUACCCAUAUAAAGAGUAUAAAAAGUACUUUCUUAACUGGGAUAUACCGCCGUCAUCCACGGAGCAAGAUAGCUCCAAAUUUUGGCUUUGGUUUGUAAACCAGCAUAAGAAAAGUCUAGGGGAAUACUAUAAAAUUGAUAUGUCUUCGGUACCAUCGAGCUGGUCUGAUAUUUUAAAGGAAGAAGCAAUUCAAAGUCUUGACAGAUAUAGCGUUUCUUCCGUUUCCCAAUGAAAUGUAUUGUGUUGUGUUAAUUCUGCUCCGAAAUACUUUUAUAAGACAUGAGUCAAUAAUAAAGUUUCUCUUAUUUCGACAUCAAUUCAUAUUAACGGAGAUGUAAACAAAUUGUCCGAAAUUAUAGUUGAUUUGCACCUUAUAGGUGGUGUCAGUGAAGAGUUAUUCAAAACAAGAGGAACAUAAUUUUUAAACGUUUCCCGAAUUUUCUUUAACUUGGCUCUAAUAUGUAAUAAAACAAAUACUCUUACAGGUCUAGUGCGCAUGGCUGAACAGAUAAAGAAUGAAAGAAAAAUGUCCAAACAUAAAUUUCAUGGAGCUAAGAUACAUGGUGUCGCUAGUCCGCGUCCGUUAAAACAAGUUAAUACGCUUUAAAAAUGAUCCCUGAAAAGGCACACACACACAAAAUAUAACCAACGUAUGGUUUUUACCAGGGGUAUGAAUUCUUUACAAGGAAAUAACGACUUCAGACAUUUGAUAUUUUUUAUUAUGGAAAGUCACUGUUUAGAUAUCGAGACUGGAGUACUUUGUCAUUUGUAUUCUUUAUGUUAAGUUGUUAUUUUAGAAUGCGUUUUGUACAGCUCUGUUGUGUAUAAUAUUUUUAUAAAAACAAUCAUUGUGUUGUAGUUUAUGUAUACAGUUAUUUACCUUCAUUUUGACAUCUCUUGUUCGCACUAUUUUAUGCUUGGUUUAAUUUGUUAAAAUGUAUGCAUGUACCUUAAUAUCACACAUCAAUAGAUUGUUCUUGUUUGUAUGAAUAUUUCCUUAGUAUUAGGUAAACAUCUAAUAUGUCCUUAUAAACUGAACCGAAUCAAGCAGAAAAAGGUCUUAUAGUAAAUGAAACUUAAGCAGGAAAUAUGACGUCAUUGAUUCGUGUGUCAAACAGGUUUGCGUCGCCCAUAUUGUUCCUAGUUUUGAAUUCCAUGGUACAUCGAUGGCAGUGAUAAGUUUUCUCUUUUAUGAUAAGCCUAGUUGAUGUGUUUUAAAUAAAUAAACAAAUAACUAUACGACCAAUUUCAGCUUGCUGCGGCUUUUAUAAUUAUCAGAUGCUUCUGUCACAAUUCGAAUUUGUAUUGAACUUUAAUAAAUAGAGUGCAUUGCAUGUACUAUACAUAAUAUAAUGUUAGUCAUGUACAAGACUAUUUAUGUUAAAAUAACUAGCAUAAAUGCACAGAUGAUAUGUGAUUCUGGUCGACCGAUGAAAACUUGAAGCUAAAGUUAGACUUACAGGCUAAGUGUUGAUGUUAUUCAUUCGUGUUGGGACAAUUUUGAGCUUGUUGAAUACCCAUGCACUAGUUUAAACCUUUCCCAAUCAUUUUCAACUUAUAUAUUUGACUGUACGUAUGUAUACAUGUUAUCGUAUUGUGUUGAUUUAUGACGUUGUAUGUCUCUUGUUGACCGCUUUGACAUUCCUUCAACCUUAUGCUCCAAAGCAGGUUCGUCGUUAGUUUUGCCUUUAAAUUGCUAUUGCUUUUCUUUUUUAUCAAAUGAUACCGUUUCUAAAUAGACUUCUUGGGUACGAGGGAAAAGCUCAUACCUGAAGCAUAAUUUGAACCAAUAUGGCCGAGAACCCUCCUCAUAUCAUAUCUUAGCCCUUUAGUUGUAUAUCAUAGCUCGUUUUCGUGUCCUAUAUAUAUAUA